GGCAUUUGAAUUGCAUUUGGCCGGGUGGGAGGGACAUCUGUGGGGUAAACAAUGUGGCACCUUUAUUUUCCCUUGCACUUUCGUCAGGGGGAAGUGUGAUUCAACUUUUCAGCAGACCUUUUGCUGUAUUACCCACGGUUGUAGUCGAUCAACCCCACCGGCAAGGAAAGGAUCCCCGCGAACUUUGCCUUAAACUGUAGUGGUCAGCGAUUGAUCGUCGUCGUUCCCGACUUCUCCUCAACGUAUAUAACAGGGUGCAUCGGCGGCCCCGCGUCUGAAGGGUAGCCGCCUAACUAAGACUCUUUUCAACCGUUCUAGAGGCUAUCCAUGAUAAAAAACCCAUCACCCAGACCCUGGCUCAAUCGAUGGUUAGGUGAUCUUGCUAUGCCUCGAAUUCCUCAACAACGAUCCCACGACAUACCUAGAAAGCAAACCCAGCAACCGCCGCCAAUGGAUUCCAAAUGCAAGAUCCUCGAUUCGACCAACAGCAAUUUGCCAAGUCAACUUCCUGAUGAUAUCCUCCUCAAUAUAUUUUCAUAUCUCUCCACGUCCGAGUUGCAGCAGACCACUCAGGUAUGUCAAAACUGGUACAGACCGGCUGCUGUGCUAUUGAAUCGACGACGACGGCAUAUCCGAAAUUUAGCCUCCUGCACCUUGAGCCAGGUUAUCCUGGUUGAUGGAUUACAUUCCAUUGAACACCUUGAAUGCCUUCAAUACUUUGAAAAGAUGCUAUGUACCCGUAACGAUGUUUUCGUCACCAAGCCAAAACUCAAGUGGCGAUUUUAUUGCCUCUAAGAUUCUUUGCCUAUCGAAAUUUUUCUGUCAUUUCUAACGUUGCCUUUCGUCACCUCUUCCGAACAAAAAUAGCAUAUCGUAUUAUUGUUUGUUGGUUAUUCUAUUCUUUUUUUUUUUAUUUGUUCAUAUCAUUAUUAGCAUGUUUCAUGCUAAUGUGUCCAGAUAUGUGAAUGCUGGUUUUUGUACAAUUGAAAGAAAGACGCUGGGCGGGAAUUACAGUUGAUAUACAUUAAACAUCCAGAUGACA